AUGCAUUCCAACUGGGACGAGAUUGUCGAUAACUUCGACAACAUGAACCUCUCCCCCGAGUUGCUCCGUGGUAUCUAUGCCUAUGGUUUCGAGCGCCCCUCGACCAUUCAGCAGCGUGCCAUUCUCCCCGUUAUCAAGGGACAUGAUGUCAUUGCUCAGGCCCAGUCCGGUACCGGAAAGACCGCCACCUUCUCGAUCUCUGCUCUCCAGAAGUUGGAUCUCUCCAACCCCCAGUGCCAGGCCCUCAUCCUCGCCCCUACCCGCGAGUUGGCCCAGCAGAUCCAGAAGGUCGUCAUUGCCCUCGGUGACUUCAUGAAGGUUCAGUGCCACGCCUGCAUUGGUGGUACCAACGUCCGUGAGGACAUGAAGACUCUCGAGGCUGGUGCCCAGGUCGUCGUCGGAACCCCCGGUCGUGUCUUCGAUAUGAUCAACCGUGGUGCCCUCAAGACCGACCACAUGAAGAUGUUCAUCCUCGAUGAGGCCGAUGAGAUGUUGUCCCGCGGUUUCAAGGACCAGAUCUACGAUGUCUUCCAGCGUCUUCCCCCAUCCACCCAGGUUGUCCUCCUGUCCGCCACCAUGCCCGCUGAGGUUAUGGAGGUUACCACCAAGUUCAUGCGCGACCCCAUCCGCAUUUUGGUCAAGAAGGACGAGCUCACCCUCGAGGGUAUCAAGCAGUUCUACGUCGCCGUUGAGAAGGAGGAGUGGAAGCUCGACACCUUGUGCGAUCUCUACGAGACCGUCACCAUCACCCAGGCCGUUAUCUUCUGCAACACCCGCAGAAAGGUCGACUGGUUGACCGAGAAGCUCACUGCCCGCGAGUUCACUGUCUCUGCCAUGCACGGAGAUAUGGAGCAGGGUCAGCGUGAGGUCAUCAUGAAGGAGUUCCGCUCUGGAUCUUCCCGUGUCUUGAUCGCCACCGACUUGUUGGCCCGUGGUAUCGAUGUCCAGCAGGUUUCCUUGGUCAUCAACUACGAUCUCCCCUCCAACAAGGAGAACUACAUUCAUCGUAUCGGUCGUGGUGGUCGUUUCGGUCGUAAGGGUGUUGCCAUCAACUUCGUCACCGCCGACGACACCCGCAUGCUCCGCGAGAUUGAGCAGUUCUACUCUACUCAGAUCCUCGAGAUGCCCAUGAACGUUGCUGACCUCAUCUAA